AUCUUCCAGCAUGUUCGCUCGAGUCGCUCGCGUCGCCUCGCUCACUGCCGUACGCCGUACGCCCUCCAUGGGGCUGCGUGCGUUGCAGACUCGCGAGAAGGGAUCGUUGUCUACUUUUCUCAAGCGCGAGAUCGAGGAGGAGAAGGCCAACUGCUUCGAAGAGGAGGAGCUGGAGAACCUGCGUCUUAAGGUCGAGAAGGCUUUCACGCUGCAGGAGACUCCUGGCUGCAUGGAGAUCGUUCUUAAGGGCUCUGUGGGUGCCGAGUCGAUCAAGAUCAAGUUCAACGCUCAAGACACCGUCGAACUCGAGGAAGAGGAGGAAUAUGAUGACGAGGACGAAGACGAGAGCAAUGACACGGACGAGGACUACGACGAAGACGAGGAGGAGGAGGACGAGCUCCCCGGUAUCCGCUUCACGGCCGACAUCACGCGCGACGAUAAGGGCAUGCAGUUCGACUGCGUGGCCAGCAGCAACCUUACGGUGGAGCGCUUGCGCUAUCUGGACGACUUUGCCAAGAACGCCGAGGACGAGACGCUGUACUUUGGCCCCAACUUCAUCGACCUGGAGCUGGACGUGCAGGACCAAUUCUACAGCUACCUGGCCGAGCGCAACAUCGACGACGAGUUGGCGCAGUUUAUCACGCAGUUCGCCGACUACAAGGAGCAGCGCGAGUACUUGGCCUUCCUGGAGGACACAGAGACGUUCAUCAAGCACUAAAACACACACACACGUUCGAGAGUGUAUUGUUGCAUAAGUACAGGUGACCAAAUCAACCGUUUAAAAGCCGC